AUAAGCGAAGCCAUCCGAGGGAGACAGGGAUCAACAAGCUCCCCGUCAAACAAGAGCUCACUUCUUGUUCCAGAAAUGUUAGAAAUUUCCAAGAUUUCUACCCAGUUUAAAUUGAGAAAAAAAGAGUAGCGAAGUAGCGAAAACUGGACGUAAUUUGAAAAUUGUGGAGAAUCCUGAAACGCAAGAUUCGACGUGAGAACGAUUCUUUAACCGACUGCCUGCAUCCCGAACACGCAAAUUUGAGCCUUUGGCCCCACACGCACCGGAAGUUGCUCGCAGGACAGAAAGCGCUCGUCCCCACAAUGAAGAAAUUGGACCGUUUUCGAGAAAAUGGACGCCUUCCUCCUCACUCCGUCCAACCACGUGACGAUAACCACGUGCCCUCACCUUCAGCCAACAGCAGGCCAUCAAAACCCGAGAAAAUCUUCCCAUGCAAAAUCUGUCUUCGUCCCUUCACCAACGGAACCAGUGCCCACCUCCACGCCCGCACCCACCUCAACUCCGCCGAGCUGGAGCAGUCCUCACUUUUCCAUGAAAAAUGUCCCCACUGCCAAAAAGUGUUCCUCGAUCGUCAUAACUUUACCGACCACGUGAACGCGCACGAAGGUCAGAAGAGCCACGCCUGCCCCGUGUGCAAACAGAAGUUCACCACGAAAGGACACUUGACCCGGCAUCGCUUCGUCCACCUGAGUCGCGAAGAGCGCGCGGCGGUGCGGCAGGACUGGCGACACGGCUGCUACUUCUGCACCAAACGAUUCCAAGAUCCUUCUCAUCUCGGUUGUCAUGUGGCGACCCACACGAAAGAAAAAGUGGGCGGAAAGUGUCACACUUGUCGAAAAAACGUUCUCCAAACACGACCUGGCCAGGCAUCGGUUCCGCCAUCUCAGCGAGGACGAGAAGGUCGCCCUCGUGAAGCAGGGUUCGGGUCGAGAAUGUCUAUUCUGUCAGAAGAAAUUCCCCGAUAACCACACUUAUCAUAAGCACCUGGUCUCCCACACGAAAGAAAAACCUUUUCCAUGCGACCAGUGUGAGAAGCAGUUUAGUUUGAAAAGUAACUUAACCAUGCACAAGCGCAGUCACACUUCGAACCCGAAAACGGUCAAGUGUGACGAGUGUGGCCUUCAGUCGAAAACAAGUUCUGACCAGACACAAGACGACGGUUCACCGGAAGCUGAAGGACUUCGCGUGUCCCGAGUGCGGCAAGAAGUUUGGGAGGAAGAGUCACGUGGUGCGACACGUGAGCAGUGUUCAUGCCAAAAUCCGGCUCCCCUGCCCCCACCACUGUGGGAAGACGAGAAGGGCCAUCUUGGGAAGCACGUGAAGAAGAUUCAUCCCCCUGAAUAAGGAUUCAUCUGGCAACUCAGCCCUUGUUAAAAGACGAUAUGUUUCCAUACUUUAGAUUUUUAUAUGUUCCACAUUUUUCGAUUUAUGACGAGAUAAUUAUUUUUGUACGACUGAUAAAAAUGGCAUAAUUAAGUAAACGUGACACGAUUUUUGUGACCAUUUUGACCAUGAUGAUUUUUAUGGAGUAAAGACAUUCUGUUUUUUGUAAAA